AUGAGCAAGAACGAAAGAACAAAAAAAAAAAAAAAAAAAAAAAAAGGACUUUGUUUAAGGACCCUCAAAAAACGCACUAUCGCCGUUAACCUAAUUGACGUAUAUGGUCGAAAGCCGCCCUUGUCACAUUUGCUGUCACAGGGCAGUAUAUUAACCCCACGCCCCUCUUUCUUUUCUCCACGAUCUCUUUCUGUUUCUUUCCUCAUGUCUGGUUUUGUAUCUACCGAUUUGGGUGCGGCUGCCUCUUUUUACUUGGCCGUAUAUGUUCUCUUCACUCUUUUCAUGACAACCGUUGUCAUUCGAAAAGGCUUCAAGACCGUGUACACAUUCUUGUUGUUUUUCGGAAUCGUUCGAACUGGCGGCCAGUUGUGUGGCGUGGCGUAUGCGAAAUUGGGGCCAUCUUAUUACAAAUGGCUCAUAGCGUAUUUGGUUUUGGGGGCCGAAGGAUAUUUUGCAUUGAUUUUUGCCGCUUUCCAGUUCAUCUGCAAAGCCCAGAAACAAGAGUUUGGGUCUUCAUGGCUCGUGACGCUGGGUCCUCCGAUAAAAAGUUUGCUUCUCGGCAGAAACCCUACGUGGAAAUCGACAUUUCGCCAUUUUUUGAUUCCAGCAAAUGUUCUUGUCAUUGUUGGCGGCACGAUGUUGGCAGGAAUGAAUACUGAAGAUCUUCAAAAAGAUCACAGCACAGUCAACACAUCAAAGGGCCUUCGAACUGCAGGUCAGGCUAUGUUUGUAUCCAUGACAAUCGUGGUAGAACUCCUCAACAUAUAUGUGUACUUUAAGGAACGGGUACGCAACAGCUUGACCCUUGGUGUCAUGGGUGCUUCACCGUUUCUUUUGGUGAGAGGAGUUUUCGGAAUCUUAUCCAUUUAUGUGACGUCCAUGAAUUAUUUUGAUACCAGCAACUACAACGGAGGUUCUGCUUCACACAAAUUGACCAUAUAUGAGUAUGUUUUGAGUACCACGAUGGAAUUUGUCGCCUCUUGUUGUUUGACGGCCACUUUAUGGUUUGAUAGAGAGGGCAAGCCUGAAUUUGAGGAAUGGCCAUUGACGACAAAAACAUCGGAGCUUGAAAAAAAUGCCUGA